AUGGCUACCGACAAAGAAUUUAGAAAAAGUCUUCAUGACAUUAUUAUUAAACAAAUAUCUCGAAAUAAUCAACCUGAGGAUGCAUAUAAGUGCAUUGAUACUUUAAACAAAGUUGUAGGAAAUAUAAUUAAAUCUCCACAUGAUGAAACAAAACGUAAACUUAAAGAAAGUAAUAAAAUUGUACAUUCCACCAUACGGGAAGUUGAUGGAGGUUUUGAAUUUCUUAUUAAGAUUGGGUUUAAGGCCAAAGUUGUUGAUUUUCAAAAAUCUUUUAUUCUUGAAAUCCCAAGAAAUAAUGAUACAUCACAAUUGACGAAACAAUUAGAAAAUUUAGAAAUUGCUCGUGAAUUAUUAGAAGACUUUUUGCAGAAAGUCAAAGAACGUAUUGAGUUAAAAGAACGUGCAAGAGUUAGGGAUAAGGUAGCAGAAGAAUCUCGAAGAAAAAUCGCCUUGAGUAAAAUUGAAGAAGAUAGAGAAAGACUCGCAGCCGAACAGGAAAGACUUAAACGAAACAGAAAAUUUCAAAAAGAGCAACAACAAAAGAAAACUGAGGAACAGCUACAGUUAUCAACAACGGAACAACCAUCCCAGCAAGAGGAUCAUUUACUAUCCCAACAAGAGGAGCAUUUAUUAUCCCAACAAGAGGAACAUUUACUAUCUCAACAAGAGGAAUAUUCCUAUCGUCCCUAUCAUUCGUCACAUUUUCGUCAAAGAUUUAAAGAUCAAGACGAUCAGAAUCCUAGUCGUUGA